AUGAUCGAGAAUACUGAAAGGACCAACAUGGCAAAUAAUGCUCAUCGCUCUGUUUUAUCCAUUACAUCCCCUGCCAAAUUAAACAUCAUUUCAUCAGAUUGGUCGAGAAAUAAAGAUAAAAUUACAAAGAAACCACUGAGGAGAUCCAACUCAUUGAACAUUAGAAAUGGAGCAGGUUGUCAAAUCACUGGUAAAACAAUCUCCAAAUCAUAUGCGAGACCAGCAUUACCAAUUGCUACACCACCAAUACUGAUAAAGAGGAAUUCUUCAUUUUUUAAAGAAAGUCUUAACUUUGGAUUAGGUGAUGGAUCCAAUUCAAGAUCUGUAUCGACCUCUCCUGAACGUCAACCGAAAAAUACAUUAGCUAGUAAUCCCUCAUUGAUGACAACAAAUUCAAUAACGAGUACUAUUCAAGAAGCGGAAGAAUCAUAUACCGUUAACACAGACAGAUUUAUUCCCAUACUACAAGGUACCUCUCAAAAUAAAAUAGACUCGGAACAAUUAAGCGACGAAUUACCACCACCAAAUGCAUCGCCUACGGCUCAUCUAAGAGCACAAACAAAAUUGGUAUUUAAACAAAAUGUUGCCGAGGCUUGUGGUUUAGAAAUGAAUCAGAGAAUCUUACAAUAUAUGCCACCUCCACCAACUGCAUCAUUCAAAAAUGGACAAGGUUAUCAUUUAAAGAAGAGAACUCAUUAUAAUUAUCAACAAACGCCAAAUCUUCCCAAUCAGCCAGAAUUGAUGAAAUUGCGUAAGAUUAAUACUAACCCAGAAAGAAUUCUGGAUGCUCCCGGGUUUGAAGACGAUUUCUAUUUAAAUUUACUAAGUUGGUCAUCCAGUAACGUAUUAGCCAUUGCAUUAGAUACUUCAUUAUAUUUAUGGAAUAGCGCUACGGGGAACGUCUCUAUGUUAGUAGAUUAUGGCGACAUCUCCGUGACAAGUGUCAUGUGGUCAGAUGAUAAUUGUCACAUUUCCAUUGGGAAAGAUGAUGGGAAUACAGAGAUUUGGGAUGCUAGUACAAUGAGACUAGUGAGAACGAUGAGAUCAGGAUUGGGUACACGUAUAGGGUCACAAUCCUGGUUGGGAACUUUAAUUGCUACGGGUUGUCGUAGUGGUGAAAUUCAAAUCAAUGACGUGAGAAUUAAAGAUCAUAUUGUAAGCACAUGGAAGAAACACCAAGGUGAAAUUUGUGGACUAAGUUAUAAGAGUGACGGUUUACAAUUGGCAUCAGGUGGUAAUGAUAACACGGUUAUGAUUUGGGACACAAGAACGUCGAUGCCUCAAUGGAUUAAGAGAAAUCAUAAUGCAGCAGUGAAGGCCUUGAGCUGGUGUCCGUACAUUCCAAAUUUACUUGCCACAGGUGGUGGUCAAACAGAUAAAUAUAUCCAUUUUUGGAACAGUACCACUGGUGCUAAGAUGGGAUCCAUUAAUUCAGGAUCACAAGUAAGUUCCCUGCAUUGGGGACAAAGUUAUAAUUCCAAUGGAGUGAUGAAUCGUGAAAUUGUAGCCACUGGUGGGAAUCCCGACAAUGCGAUUUCCGUCUUCAAUUAUGAUACGAAGUAUAAAGUUGCAGAGAUAAACCAUGCGCAUGAGGCAAGAAUUUGUUGUUCACAAUUAUCGCCGGAUGGUACCGUAUUAGCAACAGUAGGAGGUGAUGAAAAUCUGAAGUUCUAUAAAGUGUUUGAACCUAGACAACAAGAGGUGAGUAGAACGAAGGGUGGAGUGGUGACAGAUGCAUUAAGGUUGUUUGGGGAAAGCGAUCCCAUUUCAGGGAUGCAGUCAACGAUGCCCAAUAUAAAGAGAGAGUCUAGCUCGACAGCGAGGAGACCCACCUCUUCUUCCGGAGCAAGAACAAGUGAUUAUUUAAUCAGAUGA